AUGAACGAUCUCAGUGUUGAAGUAGGACAUCCAAAUGGAGCCUAUUACAAAGCAUAUGUGCAUGAUGUGGAUGCAACUGGUAUUGAUGUCAAAUAUGAUCAAGAUUUCUUCCCUCCAACAAAAAUUCCCUUUUCUGAAAAUCGUGUUCGACUUCCACCUGAAUCCGUUGAUCUGAAAAAAUUAUCGCCUGGCGAUCCAUGCGAAGUACUUUCAAAAGCAAAAGAAGAUGAACCACUUGGUUGGUGGCCAGCUACUGCAAAAAUGUUUAAAGGCGAUUUUUUCGUUGUUGAUUAUAAAGUCAGUGCUCAAGGCGCUAGCUAUUCGGAUAUUAUAUCUAGUGAUAAAAUUCGUUGUCCAAAUACAAAUCCUCCGAUUACUUAUUCAAUGUUUAAACGUAUAGAAUUACCUGUUCCUAAAGAGAUUCAAGAAGCAUGUAAUAAUCCAGCUAAUCAUAAAGAUUUUAAACGAACAACUGGUGCUACAAUUGUUCGAUAUGACAAACAAAAUGCAUGUCUUGUGGUUAUUUCAGAAAAUGAUAGUACUCUUCGUCGUGCUCAAAUAUUAUCGGAAAUGCAUUUUCGAAAUUUACGUUCAAAAGCCAAACUUGUACAAGAAACUGAAAAAGUUUCAAAACAACUUGAACGAAUUAUGGUUAAUCAAACAUCAAAAUUUUUUGAAAAAUUUACUGUAAAAACUGAGUUAAUGGGUCUUGCCAUUGGUUCACAUGGAUCUAAUAUAAUAAAAGCACGCGAAGUACCCGGUAUAACAGCAAUUGAAGUUGAAGAUGAUACUUGUACUAUUAAAGUAUUUGGCGAUACUGAAAAAGCUGUUAAAGAAGCACGUAGUAUACUUGAAUAUACUGAAGAUGUGGUAUCCAUUCCACGAGACCUUAUUGGAAAAGUUAUUGGUAAAAAAGGUCAUAUUAUUCAAGAAAUAGUUGAUAAAAGUGGUGUGGUUCGUGUUAAAAUUGAAGGAGAUAAUGAACAAACACCAUCACGUGAUGAAAAUAGUCAUCCUAGUCAAGUUCCGUUUAUAUUUGUUGGUACAGCUGAAAGUAUAGCCAAUGCUCGAGUCUUACUUGAUUAUCAUUUGGCUUGUUUAAAAGAAUUCGAUGAAUUGCAAGAGAAAAAAAUUCAAGUUAAUGAACAAUUUCGUACUAUUGCUGGUCCACAGCAAGGAACUGGAAUGAACGUAGCUAGUAAUAUGGGUUAUCCAAGUGGACGACAUCAACGUUAUGAAUUUGAUCGAACGAGUAACACUGGUAAUGUACGAAAUUAUCGUGAUACAGGUUAUCAACAACAAUAUCCUCAACAACAACGUGCUGAUAAUUAUAAUAAUCAACAAUCACGUCGAUCAGCCAAUUUUGCUGGUGGUAAUAGUAGUCGUGGACGUCGAGGUGCUGCUAAUAAUUCAUAUCGUGGUGGUACACAUAGUGAUGCUGGCACUGGUGACGAAGCAAGCGAGUGUGGUGAUGCAGCGUCAUCGUCGGUUAGUACCAGUCGAAAACAUCGGGACUGGUCAGCACAGGUCGAUAGUGAACAACAACAAGAGGCUGGCUACAGUACAGACAGUAUGAUACAUUCGGCUACACUACCCAGAGGUGCUGGUGGACGAGGUGGUCGACGUGGUUGGAAACGUGGUCGACCACCAUUACCUAUUCAUGAAGGUUAUGGUGAUCGUCGUCGAAAUAAUGACAAUGAAAAUACUACAUUUGAUACGCAAGAAAUAAAUGAGGGUCACCAACAGUAUAAUGAUCAACAUUCAUCACAACGUUAUCGGUAUGGUGGUCCUCGUAGUAAUCGUGGUAGUUAUCGAUAUAACAAUAACAAUAACAAUGCAAAUGAAUAUUAUGAAGAGAAUUAUAAUAGCAGUGGACAAUUACAACAAAUGUCAACAAAAAAAUCUCAACAAACUUCGUCGAAUAAUGGAAUUGAUACAAAUACUGUAACAACAUCAGAAACAAUAAAUGGUGGUGGUGGUGGAUCGAAAGGUCAACGAGCGUCAAAACAACAGAGUAAUGGUGUCAAAUAA